AUGGACGAAAACAACAACCGUCGCAACUUGAGUUCUCUCUCCACCGUAUCCAAACGGUUCCUCUCCAUCACCGGACGCCUCCGAUUCUCACUCACUCUCGUCAAUCCAACACCCCCUUUCCUACUUAGCCUCUUCAAAAGGUUCACCCAUCUCAAUUUCCUCGAUCUCUCUCGCUAUCUAGGUAACAACCUCGACGACCUUCUCUGCCAAAUCUCAGAUUUCCCGUCAUUCAAAAUCAUUUCACUCAAACUUCCAAACGUUGGUAACCGCUUCCCAGCAAAUGGAUUGCGAGCUUUUUCACAAAACAUUACAACUUUGACCUCUUUCACUUGUUCCGGCUUUGUUAACCUAUUUCUUAUCGCAGAAUGUUUCCCUUUGCUCGACGACCUCGACCUCAGACUAAAAUACCCCUUAAAUUAUAUCUCUAUGAUAGAGACUCGAACUCGUAGUUAUAACAAUGGGGUAGAGGCUCUCUCACUUUCACUUCACAAACUCCGCAAGGUUAAUCUUUCUUCCUUUCCCAUCAACAACCAAUCACUUUUCCACUUGUUCAGCAACUGUAAGCUUCUCCAAGAAGUCAACAUUGAUGGUUAUAAGCAAUUAUUAACCGAUGCAGGCAUUGCUUCUGCUCUCCGUGAGAGACCGACAUUGAUGUCUUUCUCGUUAUCAUCGUAUUCAAUAUCACGUCCUCCAUUCAUGACUUCACAUAUUAUUGACUCAUUGGUGAGUUUCAAGGGUUUGACUUGUCUUGGUUUGUAUUAUUUUAAUAUUUCUGAUGAGUUGCUCUACACUAUUGCAAGGGGAGGUCUUCCUUUGAUAAAGCUUGUCCUAAAAAAUCGCUGGGGCUAUAGUUAUGACGGACUCUUUUGUUUGUUAUCCAAGUGUCGACGUCAAGGUUUCCGACAUUUGUAUAUUGGACUUAGUAAGUUUCUGAAUGAUCAACAUGUUAUCCAGUUGUCUUCGUUUCUUGGUGAUUUGAUGUCCAUCAACCUUAGUAAUUGUGAUAAGCUAACAGAAUCAUCUUUGUUUGCACUCGCUAGGAACUGUCCUUUACUUGAUAUUCUUUAUGGUACAGCCGAUUGA